AUAAACGCAAACACACCAAGCUGCCCAAACCACAGCUUCAUCUUCCAUUAAUUACAUUUCCAUCCCAUUCGAAAACCUCAACAAGCAAAAACCAGAUCGCUAGCUACGUACAUUCCAACCAAAAAUGUUUGGAGAGAUUGACUUGGAGUCUGAUUUCGCUCUAUUGGAGUCCAUUCGCCAAUACCUUCUCGACGAUAAUUUCGACACCACUUUCGAUCUGGAAGCAUCAUCGCCAACAGCUUCGGGCUCUCCUCCUCCUCCAAUCUACUGCCGCAGUUUCAGCUUCGGCACCCUGUUCUCCGCAGAGAAUUGGAGCGACUUGCCACUAAAAGUGGACAGCGACAGCGACGAUACAGUCGUUUCCGAUGCCGUGCCUGAUGAAGUUACGGCAUCGCCAGUGAAAGCGGAGCCUCAGGAGGUGGCAGAGGUACUAGAGGAGAGUGUGGUGGUGCGUGAGACUCACGCGCCGUCUUCGGGGAGGCACUUUCGGGGAGUGAGGCGGAGGCCGUGGGGGAAGUACGCGGCAGAGAUUAGGGACCCGAAGAAAAACGGCAGCAGAGUUUGGCUUGGGACCUACGAAACGGCUGAGGACGCCGCAUUGGCUUAUGACCAAGCCGCUUUUAAGAUGCGGGGCUCCAAAGCCAAGCUCAACUUCCCUCACCUUAUCGGCUCAGAGGGAUCGCAACCGGUUAGAAUAACUCCCAAGCGGCGGUCCCCGGAAUCUUAUUCGUCAUCUUCGUCUUCGACUUCGGAGAGUGGCUCGCCCAAGCCCAAGAGGCCAAAUCUUGGAGUUGGCCCGGCGGCGGCUAAGGCCGAGUUCUGUGGCUCGAUCCGAGUAGAGAUGGUUGAGACGAGUCAGCUGGCUGUUGUUGAUCAGAGUCUUAAUGAUUUUAAUACAACAGUGGUGUCCAUGCCACAAGAAGUAAUGAUAAGUGGUUAUGAAUAAUGCUGGUUAAUUGUUUAGAGUUAGUUAUUUCCUAAUUGUAAAGUUGGUUUUUUUUUUUUUUUUUUUAAUAAUCUUACCAACCUUAGUUUUGUACAUGAGAUCCAUAUAAUGGAUGCUGAAAUAAAGGCUGAGUUUUACCACAAAAAUCAUCGAUGU